GUGGGUGAGUGGAUGUCUGAGUGGAUGUCUGAGUGGGUGGCGCGUUGCGUUACGUGCCCACGUACUCAGCUACCCGAGUUUAAAUUCCCGCUCACGGCCAACAACCGGUAACGAUUAUCUGCACCGCUCCUCCCCUAGAUCGACUCGGCCUUAAAUCAGUACCGAGGUGCGGGUCGGGCGUGGCGCUAAGCCACUUUUGUCUCGUGUUUAUCGAAAUGUCUGUGCGUUUACCCAAUAUUACGUCGCAUCACUAAUCGCACCAUCCCCCAGCCUACCCCGGAGUAAGAUCCACGUGCUCCCCUGAGUAUACCUGAUCUCACCAGCCUCGCUCCAUCCAGUCUCAACCACACACACACACAGGGCAAGGAGCCACAACACACGUGCGGAUGUUUCCUCGUACCCGAAGGAGAGACAAAGACAACGGACAGCAGCGAUGACGGUGACGUACACGAACCGGGUCGCGAACGCGCGACUCUGUGGCUUCUCGAAGCUUCUGCUGCAGUGGCGCGGUAGCAUCUACAAACUGCUGUACCGCGAGUUCUUCAUCUACUUCAUGAUGUACGCCACGCUCAGCCUCACAUACAGGUUUGCUCUGAGCGAGGAUCAGAAGCGGCUGUUUGAGAAACUCUCUCUCUACUGCAACAACUACGCCAACCUCAUCCCCGUGUCGUUCGUGCUCGGUUUCUACGUGGCGCUCGUGGUGUCACGCUGGUGGAGCCAGUACACCAGCAUCCCCACGCCGGACCGGCUCAUGUGCGCCGUGGCGGGCACGGUGCACGGCGUGGACGAGCGCGGCCGCCUGCUGCGCCGCACGCUCAUGCGCUACGCCAACCUGUCGGCGCUGCUCAUCCUGCGCUCGGUCAGCACGGCCGUCUACAAGCGGUUCCCCACCAUGGACCACGUCGUUGAGGCCGGCUUCAUGACGCGGGAUGAGCGCAAGCGGUUCGACGGUCUGCGCUGCUCCUACAACAAGUACUGGGUGCCGUGCGUAUGGCUCUCCAGCCUGGCGGCGCAGGCACGGGCCGAGGGUCGGGUUCGCGAUGACGUCGCGCUCAAGCUGCUGCUCGAUGAGAUGAACGUGUACCGAGGGAACUGUGGAAUGCUGUUUCACUACGACUGGAUCAGCGUGCCUCUCGUCUACACGCAGGUGGUCACGGUGGCAGUGUACAGCUUCUUCCUCGCCUGCCUCAUCGGCCGCCAGUUCCUGGACCCAGCACAGGGCUACCCCGGCCACGACAUGGACCUCUACAUCCCCGUCUUCACCCUCUUGCAGUUCUUCUUCUACGCCGGCUGGCUCAAGGUGGCGGAGCAGCUCAUCAACCCUUUCGGCGAGGACGACGACGACUUUGAAACCAACUUCCUCAUCGACCGCAACCUCCAGGUGUCCAUGCUGGCCGUGGACGAGAUGUACCAGAACCUUCCACUGCUGCAGAGGGACAUGUACUGGAAUGCGAGCGACCCGAGGCCUCCGUACACCGCUGCCACCAUGUCCACUCUGCACAAGCCUUCCUUCCUGGGCUCUGCGUUCGACAUGAGCAUGCACAAGGACGACAUGGAGUUUCAGCCGAUGGAGCAGCUAUCCGAUCCAGGCAUGCCAGUGCCGCAGCUGCUGGAGCGGCUGCUCCACAACCGCGGCUCUGCGCCAUCGCCACCGCAGGCGCCGCUCUUCAGCGUUGGCGCGCAGGGCGUGCAGGCGUCCAGGAUCACGCGCCGCAUGAACCUGGUGCGGCGCAUGGACAGCAUUGCCUCGUCCAGCUCGGGCAUCGACGAGGCCGGCGAGUAUGGGGCCCUCAAUUGCAACGGCUGCGGCUGCGGGGAAAAAGGGCCCAGGGACGUCACGCUGGUGCCCAGGGUCGACGCCGACGACAGAACCGAGCGGCCCGACUCCAUUGCGGCCGACAUCGUCGUGCCGUGCCUGGAUACCGACGGACAGCGUGGAGCGCCGCGGGCGUCGCUGGCGCCGCCGCCACCUUUGCCUCUGCUUCAGCCUCUGGAACAGCAGCAGCAGCAGCCGCAUGUGGAACACGAGGCAACGAAGUUGGAGAGCAGCACUGACAGCCAGAGCAGCGUCUCCACGGGGCACGGGAGCCAAAGGCCUCUGUUGAGUGCGGACUCUGACGAGGGUCCCAGCGUGGGGUUAGCAGCUCCCGCCACGUUGCCAGCCUCGUCUUGCUGUGGCGCUCGAUGUGAUGGUGUCGCCGGUACUGGGAGGGACGGGGAGGACUCAGACCUCCUCCUCCCGUGGUCGGAAACGUUGACGAUGACCACGGGGUUUGAUGUCGGCGGGUACGGUGUCGGCGGUGGCCGCACUGGCAAUGAUGCCCCUUUAGAACUGCAGGCGUUGCUCGUGGUGACGGAGGAGGAGGCCGGGAGGCGGCGGAGCGUGGUGCCGAGUGGGCGACUCGGGAGGGCGGAACGCGACGACGCGGGGAGAGCACCCGCGGCCUCGGCAAGCGGGAGCUGCAUCUUCAACAUUCCCGACGGCCUGUGAACACGGUUGCUCGGGGCUCGAUUCCCACUCACGGCCAACACCAGUGACAAUUGUAUGAAGCGGUCCUGGGCCUCCCCUAGGUCGAUUAAGCCUCAAAUGAGUACCUGGUGCAGUGUGUAAACAUCACCACUGGGGAGACAAAGGCGGCAAGGCAUGGUGCAGGCUGCCCACCUCCUAGUGUACUGUGCCGACCUUCAUAAGUGCUCUCUAACAGUACUUGCUCCUGUAGUCUGUUUAGACUAUAGGGGGAUCUUUGUCUUUAGUUGCUCACAGCCGCCAGUGUUGGCCCGAUUAACACCCAUAGCUGCCUGAAUUGUGUAAUAAUAUAACACCCAUAGUUUAUUGUAAAUUAAGCUAAUAAACACAGCUGAUUGUAGGCAAUUAAAACCAUGGGGCUGAUAGUAUAUGGAAUUGAUCAAUACCCAUAUCAGUCUGCAGACAACCACAGUCGCCUCUGAACAGAGUUCAGAUGAGAGAGACUUUCCGUUCACUGAUAAACACUACUUGAAACUUGAAACUACCUUGGCAGUAACUGAAAUUUAUGGAUGAAAUGUCGAUGUCUAACCUGGUGACACUGCAGUGAAGGCGUUCAACCUGGCAGUUCAAAUCCUUGCCGGGUUCAGUUUAGUCUAUCAUCAGUCAUUAUCAUGGAGACACUGGCUAUAGGAGUGUGGAAUUUGCAUCGCUGGCUCAGGGAUACCAACGGUUGCGAGCACCACCCCGGCGCUUGAGCACGGAGGACUCUGGCUCAACACGUGCGGCACGGCCACGGUGGAUCUUGAACUUUGGGGCUGACUUUCGCACAGAAAGGCGGCCACUUUAAUUUUUUACCUUUUAAACAGAACGUCAAGAUUGCGUUGCAGGUAAGGGUGAUAUCGUUGGGGUCAUACUUUGUAUCCACAUUCGCUUUUAAGGAAACCACUAAGGGGCCGUCCAUUAAUGACGUCACG